GAAUACGUGUCGAACUUGACGUCUGCAUCGAAGACUAGGUUGUGUUGCUGAAAUGGUCACUUCUCUACUGACUUGAAUUUUGUUUCAUUGAAUAUUGGCUACGAUUUACGCAGGCGAAGUCUGAAGUGAGAAGCGAGACUACAUAAAUGCAGCCAUGUGGGGGCGCAUGUCCAAUUUGAUGCAGAAUGUCCAGGGCCAGGCCCGCGGAGACACGCCCACAGGAGACGAUGGAGCGAGAAAUCCGCAGGAUACCAGUAUGUCAUCGCCUGGUGAUGCCAGCUUCGUCUCGGCAGGUGACACAAGCUUCGCCAGCACCUCUGACGCUCAGGACCAGCUUGAAGAACAGAACCGCCUCGUCUCUCAACUCAAAGACAUGAUCAGACAGAAGGACAAAGAGCUGGUCGAGUCGAGUGCUAAGCUGUCUAAAUUCAAACUCCAGGCCAAGGCCAAGAUCACGACUCUGACUACUCAAUUGGAGGCUGCCAAGAAAGGAGGUAGUGGAACGGAAGAAAAGGGUGAAGCCGCAGGAGGAGACGACGCAUCCAGCCGUGGGAAGCUCCUCCUCCUGAAGAAGAAGCUUGAUGAGAAGGAGGGCGCCCUCAAGGACAGCGUUGAGAAGAGGGCUAAGCUGGAGGAGGUGGUAAACUCUAAGCAGGAGCUAUUGAAUGAGAGAGAUGGCAGGAUAGCGCAGUGUGAAGGAAGGAUUGAUGAGUUAGAGGAACAGGAGAGGAAAAGAAUAGCUGAACUGCAGGAGAAAGACAAAACCAUUGAGAAGCGGGACGCCAUGUUGGAGGCUCUACGAAGUGGGGGCGCUGCUGUCGUCAUGGAUACGGGUCCUACGACGCAACUCCAAAGCAAGAUAACAGACUUGGAGAGAAUGUUACGCGAGGAACGAGACAGGUCCCAAGAAGUCCUGGAACAGCUUGUCCGCAAGGACCAACUGAUCAUGGAACAGAGUGACCGGGUCCUGGUCCUAGAGCGCCAGACCCAUGGUGCUCAGAUGAUGACCCAGGACCAGGGUGAGGUCAUCGAGGGUAGAGAUAGGGCCAUAAAGGUCUUACAAGAGGAUUGCAACCAGAAAGACAAGGUGAUCGAGGAUCUUAACAAGGUCAUGGAAAAUAUGAGGUCCAAGAUGGAGUCAACGGAUGAGAGAAUCACGCAGCUAGCGGACGACCUGGAAGCCAAGGACGCCCUCAUGAGGGAGGAGAGGGAGAGGUAUGAGAAGGAGAAGGCAUUGUUGGAAGAAAAGCUUCAGAUCUUUGAGAGCCCUGAGAAAGGAGAAGCGGAUGCUAAGCAACAGGAAUUUAUCAAGAACCUUGAACGUCGUUGCCAGGAGACGGAAGAGAACCUGGAUGCCAAGACCAAGGUCAUCGAGAUGCUCCAGGAAGAGAUUGCUUCCAAGGAGAAGGCUGAUGCUGAUCUUCAGAAGAGCAUGGCCUCACUGGGAGAGAAGCUCGGUAUCACCAAAGAACAGAUGCGAGCGAUGCAAGAACAGUUUGUGGAAAAAGAAGAAGAAUGGAACAAGGAGAAGGAGGAAAUGAAUACUAGAUUAAAGGAAGCAGAGGAACUGAAGAACAAAUUAGACUCUGAAAACAGCGAGAAGAUGAAUGCCCUCACUGCUCUACAGACAGCUCUACAACAAUAUGAAACAGCUUAUAACCAAGCUAGCUCUCAAUACAGCACUCUUGCUCAAAACUAUGAACAAGUCCAAGCUGAGCUCAGAGAAGCCAAGUCUCAGCUCGAUACCGCAAAAUCGGAGAGUGAGGCUUCGAAGAAGGAGGGCGAAGAGAAAGAGAAGGAUGGGGCUCAGCAGAAUGAAAAGCUGAAGCAACGUGUUGGAGAACUGGAGAAGGACAUUGAGGAGAGGAUAGCAGAGUUAGGAAGGACUAAAGAUGAGGUGGAGGAGUUUAAUGCGGAGAAGGUUGGCUUUGAGAGAACGAUUAAAGAAUUAGCGGAACAGGUCGAAGAAGGGAAAGUGAAGUUUGACGCAGCGCAGCGAGAGUGUGCAGUUCUGAAGGAUCGAGGGGAGGAGAGCGAAAGGACAGGUGGACAGAGGAUAGUAGAACUCGAGCGAAGGAUAGUAGAAUUGGAAGGAGAAGUAGAAAAUGGAAAGUCAAAACUUAGUGAAUUGAAUGACGACAUUGCAAAGAAGGAUGGGGAGAUCAGAGAUGUCGUCGAAGGGAAAGCUGAUCUUGAGAAGAGGAUUGAUGAACUUGAAGGAGAGUUGGAGAAAGGAAGAACUGAAUUGGAUAGAGUGAAGGAAGAGAAGGAGAAGAAGGAAGAGGAGAUUGCCGAUUUUAAGGCCAAAGCAGAGGAGAAGUUCAACAAGUUGAAGAACCAAGCAAAGAACAAAGUGAAAGCCAUGGAAGAAGAAUUGCAGGGAUUGAAGAAGGUUGAUUCCCUGGUCGAAGAGGUCAACGAUCUGAAGAAUAAGGUCGCAGAGCUGGAGGAUGAGAAAGGAAAUCUACAACUCAGACUUGUCGACUUUGAAGAGACCAAAGCCCAGAUAGAGAAUCUUGAGAAGGUUGUGAGUCACAAGGAGGAGAAGUUAAAGAUGGUAGAAGAGGAGAAAGGAGAGGUUCUAAAGAUGAUGCAAGAAACAGGAGAGGAGAAGAUGAAACUGGAAGGGAGGAUAGAGGAACUGACAUCCCAAGUGGAACAAAACCAAGUCAACCACAACCAGGCAGAACAGGACAAGAUCAACGACCUCAGCUCCGCGGUCGACGACGUCCGCGCCAAGCUGGUCGAGGCGGAGGAGCGAUGCGACCAGGAAGUGAAAUCCAGGGUCAGUGUCGAGUCUCGUCUGGUGGAGCUUACUGACUUUAGAAAAUCAUCACAGUCAUACAUGGCUGAGCAGGAUGAGAAGAUAAAAUCUCUUGAGGCCUCCUUGGAAGAGACUAAUCAAAGAUUGGCAGAGACAGAGCAAGCGAGGGCAGGCUUGGCAGAGGAGAAGGUUUCCACUGAGCUGAAGAUGGUUCAAUUAGAGGAAGAAAAAGAUGGUUUGGAGCAGAAGACCGUCGCCCUCUCAGAUCAGAUAACAGAGAUGAAGAGGAAGAUGGAGACUGAGUUCCAAUCUCUGGUCGAGAUGGAGAGAGAGAAAGAAGGGAUGACAGCGACUCUUGUGCAGAAAGAAGAGAAAAUUGCUUCACUGACCUCUGACCUCCAAGCAGCCUCUGAGUCAAAAGUCACCCUUGAGAACACAAUAUCAGAACUAAAGGAGAGUCUGUCCGUGUUUACAGAAGGAAAGCAGAAGGCUGAGGCUAACCUUGAGAUGCUUCAGAUGGAUCUUGACCAAGCCAUUUCACAGAUGGAGAACCAAUCCUCCAUCUCGGCAGCAGAGAAAGCAGACCUUGAGUCAACCAUCCAGGAUAAGAAUAGAGAGCUUUCUAACCUCGAGGAGAAGAGUCGAGAGAAGGAUGAAGAGAUCACCAAGUUAGGUGGAGAAUUAGAGGAGAAAGGCAGGGUGGUUGAUCGGCUGGAAGGAGAAUUGUCGGAGAAGGGUUAUAAAAUUGAAUCACUUGAGGCAACUGUUGGACAGAAGGAUCGGGAGUUGGAUAUGAUGAAGGAAGGGCAGAGCGAAGAAGGAAGGAAGAACGAAUCCAAGAUGUCAUCUUUGCUCCAGCAGAUUGCAGAGCUUGAGACAGAGCUGAUGAGCACCCAGAGGAGCGUUGAUGAGAAGGAGAAACUGGUGGAGAACUUGAAGGAAGAGCUUGAGAAAAGUAGGGGUGAGAUGCAGAAGAACUCCCAGGAAGCCAGUGAGAACCUAGAGAAGGUCUCCAAGCAGUUGGAGGAUAAGGAGAAACAUGCAGGGUCCUUGCAAGAGCAGCUCUUGGAUUCUUUGAAGCUUGCAGACAAGGAGAACUCAUACCAGGAGCUCCUCAAGAGGGAGAAGGAGGAAUCUUCUGAGAUGCAGAUCAAGCUGAAUCAAGAAGUUUCUCAUCUCAAGGAUAAUCUUGACACAUCUCAGAAAGAGGUUGAUGACUUGAAGAUUAGGUUAGCAGAUACCUUGAAGGAAAAGGAGGAGAUAUUUGAAAGGAUGAAGCUUGAUGUUGAAUCAUUGCAGAAGGCCUCGAGUAACAAGGAUGAGGAGAUUAAUCAAGCAAAGACAGAAUCUGACAGGGCAUUACAGGAUUUGACUAACAAACUUCAACUAUCUGCUGAUGAAAAUGUACAAUUGCAGGAGCGUGUCAAGAAAUUAGAGGUAGAGUUGACAAAUGUUGGAGAACAGCUCUCUCAUCAGGAAGAGAUUGUUACUUCUCUAGAUGUUGACAAGAAACAGCUGGAGGAAGCUCUUGGAUUAAAAGACCAAAACCUCAUGAUGAUGAGAGAGAAGUUGGAUGAAACCAUGAGACAAAAUCAGGAGCAAGAACAGGUCAUCCAGGAAAGAGAUUUCACAGUGUCCUCAUUGAAGGAACAUCUUCAGGAUGUAGAAGAGAAGUCUUUGAAAUCUGAGGAAAAUGUAAAACUGUUGGAAGAAAAGCUUGAAUCCUGUUUGAAAGAUCUGGAAAAUCUCAAAGAUACUGUCACACAAAAAGAUAAACUGAUUACAGAUCUGCAGAAUGAGAUCGGGAGCAGCGCAGAAGAAGUGAAAACACUCAAAGAUACCAACAUUGAUAUGGAAAGUCAGUGUCAAAAACAAGUGCAAGAGCUUAACGAUCUACAAACAAACAUUGAUGAUAAGAACAAUCAGUUGACAAUCCUUCAGGAUAGACUAAAGGAAAUGAAGGAGGAUGAUGAUACCAGACUUGCUUCUAUGCAAGCAAGAGAGGAUGACAUGGAGAAAGAAGUCCUCAGUUUGAAAGAAGAAAUGAACAAGCUCCUUGAGAAGAGCCGAGAGGAUGCAAGUGAAAAGGAAAGCAUUAUUAUUGAAAAGGACAAUAGGAUUGUGGAGAUGGAGGCAAGGAUUGAAGAGUUAAGGACAGAAGAGAAAAACCUGAAAGAAGGAACUGAAAAACUCACAGAGCAACUCUUGAAAGCUACAGAAGCAAGGGAUCAGAUGCAGAUAUCUUUAGAGGCUGCCUCUAAAGAAAAAGAACAAGUCAAAGAAGAGCUUACUCUUGCCAAAGAUCAAAUCAGUGGCCUCCACCAGGUGUUGGUAGACAAAGAGGAUGAAGUUGGUCAAAUAAGAAAGACCUUAGAUGAAAAAGAGAAGGAGAAACAGGAAGAGGUUACAGUGAUGCAGGAAUCACUCCAAAAAGCACAAAAUGAAAAGUCUGGAUUCGAGAGCCAGCUUGAAAUUGAGAAAGCUGCAUUGCAGGAGUCCCUGGACUCACUCAGAAGUGAACUCCAAGAUAAAAAUGCUCUUGUCAAAGAGAUGGAGGAGAAGUUGUUAGAAAAGGAAGCUGCCCAGAAGUUGUUAGCAGACAGAUUAGCAGAGAAAGCUGACAUUGUGGAACAGCUGACUCAAAAGGUCAUUGACAAUGAGGAAGUGUCAACAGCAGAACUUCAAAGACUACAAGAGAAGGUCAGGUGUGCGGAAGAAGAAAGGCACACACUGUCUCUCACAAUGGAACAGGAGAUUGGACAACUCAAAGAACAUGUUAACCAAUUAGAAUCUGAGAAGCAGCGGAUAGCAGAAGAGUUGGAACAAAGGAGAGCAGCUCUUGAAAGGAUUGGAGUACAGCAGGCAGAUAGGGAGCAACUUUUCAAUGAGGAACUCAGUGCUGUCCAGGCAGACCUUGCUCGUGGACAGGAAGAAAGGAGAAUUGCAGAGGCAGAUUUUGAAGAGAAGACAACUGUCCUGGAAAGCAGGGUUGUAGAGAAGGAAGGAGAAAUUGCAACCCUGAUGGAUGACUUAGACCUUGUCAAGAAAAAGAUGGAAAGCCUGAGUCAGGAUGCAGAUGAGAGGGAAAGCAGUCUCCAACUGGAGUUGUCAUCCUUAAGGGAAUCAAUGUCAACCAGCAGUGGUGAAACAGCAGAACUUGUUAAACAGAUUACAGAGAGAGACCAGAGGAUCAAAGCCUUAGAGGAGGAGUCUUCCACUGAGAAGGAGCAACUCGAGAAACGCAUCAUGAACCUGAAGGAGAAAUUAAAGAAGGCGGUAGCUGAAGUCAAACAACUGAGAAACACUGUAAGUGAGCAAGCCACAAGGAUAGAAGAACAAUCUUCAAAGAUUGAAGAACAAUGUGCCAAGAUUGAAGAUCAGUCUACAAACAUUGAAGAACAAUUAAGAGAGAUUGGAGAGAAGUCUUCAAAGAUUGAGGAAGCAGAGGGAAGACUAUGUAAACAAGAGGUUGUGGAAGAACAGUUGCAGUCACUCACCCAGGCAACAGAUGAAUACAAGCAGAAGUUAGAUAAGAUGAGACGAGAACUUGAAGAACGCGACCUUGCUGUUCAGUCCCUGAAGGAGGUGAUGAUGUCUCGAGAGGAAGAUGUUAAUUCUCAAACUGAAAUGUUGGAUCAUAGUCUAGCAGAAGUCAACAAAAAGGUUGAUGCCUUGAAUGCUGAGAUCCAGCAGCGGGAUGAUGUCGUCCAGGAUCUCCAGUCAAGACUUGCAGAGAAGGAAGCAACCUUGGAAGGCUUGGGUCAUAGUUUUACCGAAAAAGAUUCCUUAAUCCAGAGCCUCCAGGAUGAGAUCGCAUCUCAGAAGAACAAAGCAGAAGAGGCGAUUCAGACGGCGUCCAGAGAUGAAGAAGAUGGAGGAUCAGGGAAGGAUAUGGUUGCAAAGCUGAAGCAGGAGAUCGAGCAAGGGAAACAGAGAUACGGCAAGCUCCUCGCCAAAGCCAAAGAUAUGAAGACAAAGUUUGAAGUUGCCAACCAAAGGAACCGAGAGUUAGAGGCAGAGGUUGCUAAUCAUCAGAGAGAGCGAGAGGAGAGGGAGGUUGUCACCCAGCAGCGAGAAGAGGAAGAGAGGUCAAGGAGAGCUGAGGAAGGAGAAUCCAAGCAGGAGCUACUAGAGGUCUUGAGAAAGAAUGAUGAACUUCAAGCACAAGUUUCAGACCUAGAGAGACUCGCCUCUGAGAGUGAACUAGUCUUGCAGGACAAAUCGACAGAGCUUCAGGGAGUAACGGAAGAACUACGUAUUCUGAAAGAGACUUUAUCUCAGAAAGAAGGCAAAAUUAGUGAUGAAACGGAAUGGAAAAGAAAUAUGAUGACUUCCAUGGAUGACAAAGAUGCUGAAAUUAACCAACUUAAAUCUGAAAUACAGGACAAAUCUGCACAACUUGAUGAAGCCAUUGUUGAAUUGGACAGUCAAACAAAAACACUUAGUGAGAGGGAGGCAACAAGCCAAAAGCGUCUUGCUGAACUCCAACAAGCUGUAUCAGAUAGAGACAGUGAAGUCCAAAGACUUGAAUCAAUUGCAUCAGAAAAAGAAAACCUGGUGCAGCAGUGUCAAGAAAAAGAAGAUGCCAUAUCAAGGUUGACUCUCCAGUUAAAUGAACAGGCUGUAUUAGUUGAAGAAAGACAAAAGGAAGUGGACAAUUUGAAUGAAAAGUUGAAAUCAAGCAUGGAGAAUUCUGCAGCAGAGCUCCGCGGAACCAAGGAACGCUUGGAGCAGAUGGAAACCGAAGUUGCAAGACUCCUACAGGAGAAUGCAGCAUUGGUGGAGAGAGAAGGAUCCUUUAAAGAACAAGUUGGUGACAAGGAGACAAUGGGGAUCCACCUUGAUCAAGCGAAGCAAGAGGUGGCACAACUGAAGAUGGAGAACAACGAGAUCAAGAGAGAAAUGGAGGAGCUCAAGGAAGAGAGAAUCAACCUUAAAGAGAAAGAAGAGAACCUCCAAGAGGAGGUGAAAGCAAUGGAGGCAUCCAUCGGUCAGAUCAGAGAUCUGGAGGCAGCACUGCAAGGAGCCAAACAGGAGCUGGCCAUGGUGGAGCAAGAGAGGCAAGAAAGUAUGAACGAAGUUUCCAAGCUAGCAGAGGCUCUAAAGAAAGAACAAAGUUUGAAGGGACGAGCUGAGCAGAGAAGUGAGAAGCUGAAGGAACAACUCCAAAAGAUGAAGGAAGCCAGACGAAAGCUUUCCACAGACAUGGAAAACCUGAGGCAGGAGAAGGAAGAGACAUCGGCAAGCAUAGUGAAGCGGGAGAUGGAUCUGGAAACCCGUCUUGGCACCAUGCAGAAAGAGGUAGAGGUCUUGAGGUCAUCAUCUGAAGACACUAGACAGGAACGGUCAUCGCUGGAAGCAGAGGUUGCCAAUUUGAGGCUGCAAUGCGAGAGAUUAACAAAGGAGGGAGAUGAUUUAAGGAGAGAGAGCGACCUGUUGAGGAAAGUGGUCGAAGAGUCAGGAUCACAUCUCGAUGCGGCAAGGAAUGAGGGAGAGACACUUCGGAAGAAGGUUGACGGAUUGAACGGUCAGAGGGUGAAGCUAGUGGAGGAGAAUCAGAAGCUGAAAGCUGAGAUGAAGAGAUUGGUUGAUGAAGAUGAAAUCAAUAAAGUAGAGUUAGAGGAGUUAAGGACAGGUUUGAAAUUGGCUAAAGAGAAGGGAGACAAGCUGGGAAGUGAACUCAAAGAAUUGGUUAGAUCUAGAGGAAAAGAAGGUGAUGGCUUGAAGGAGAGGCUCAAGUCCGUUGAAUCUGAGUUGGAGGCACAGCAGAAACUAUGGGAGGAGAAGUACGAGACCGACGUAACACGAUACGAAAACAAGGUUGCAGAACUGACGGAGGAAUUACGGAAGGUAAAUGAUGAUGUGAUAAGUGUGAAUGUCGAGAUUGGGAAGAUCACAACGGAGCGUAACUCUCUGCAGGUCAUGAACUCUGAACUUGCCAGUACCCUCACGUCGGCCGCAGAGAAGCUCCAGGAUGCGGAUAGAGCCCUGAUGGAAGCAAAGAGCGAGGUUGGACACCUCGAAGGCCAGCUCGAGGAUUUAAGAGGUUCCAGUGAAGGUGCAGAGCAGCUUCAGCAACAGAAGGCUCAGCUUGAGAGGGAUCUUGCGCAACUCUCCCAGGAGAAUCUAGAUCUCCAGGAGGAGCUGGAGAACUGCCACAUGGAGAUUGAUGAAGUCGGACAGGAGAUGAGGGAUCAACGUGAAGAGAAGAAGCUGAUGGAGAGGCGGAUUGCUGAUAUCGAGGCGUUCGGAAAGAACGAGGUCCAACGUCUCCAGGAGAAGCUGUCCCUGGAUGUGAGGGCAGUCCAGGAUGAGAAGGCAUCUGUUGUCGAGGAGAAGGAAGCUCUUCAGACACAGCUGGAGGAUGCUCUGAGUGACAAUAGCAUACUUAAAGAAGAUGGAGAAACAAUGAAGGAAGAGAAUGAGAGACUACAGGAGGCAUCGGAGGCAGUUGCCAAGCAACGAGAUGAGUUGAAGGAGGAGUUGGUUGUAUUGUCUUCCAGAAUACUUGGUUUAGAGCAGCAGCUGAUGGAACAAGGCACGGUGGAUGAGAGGUUGCAAAAGUUGCAAAGCUCUGAGCAGAAAAUGAGAGAAGAUCUUGCUCGGUCUGCUGAAGAGAGAGACAGAGCAUUGCAAGGGAUACAUCAGAGAGAGAUUAGAUGUGAAACAUUAACCCAGAGAGUUGCCGGACUUGUUGAACAAAACAAGAGUUUAAAGGGACAUCUCAGAAAUAUGGAUCGUAAUGUCAAAGACAUGGAACGACAAAUCACAAAUCUGGAUGAUGAGAAGGCUGCCCUCGUUAGGCAGGUUGAAGAAAGAGAGGUCAGCAUCAGUAGAACAAUGGUUGAAGAACCCCCGAUGGUCGUUGAGGAAGCCAUGGUCCAGCGAAGCGCCCCGGUCCAGGAACAGAUGGCCCUACCACCUGACCCCUUGUCCUCGGGUCACGGGGUCAUGGAGGAAGAGGUCACAAUGCUCAAACAAAAGUUAGAGAAUAUGGAGCAGGAGAGAGCAAUGCUUGUCAAAGAGUGUGCACAGACAGAGGCAUCCCUACAGUACGAGAGAGAGCAACGAGUCUUUGCUGAGGAUGCAUUGCGUAACACACAGGACCGUCUAAGAGAGCAGAAGAGGACAUCGCACCAUCACCUCUCGUCGUCCUCGUCAACGAGGAAGGAAUAUAGUCUAUACAUUGAUUCCGAUGAUGAGGAGACCCAGCUGAUGGUCAAGGCUUAUAAAGCCGGACAUCAACUGACUCGUCAUGGUAACACAGUUGCUAACAAGUUGAGGAGGUGUUUCAAGGGUCAAGGGAGCUUCACCCGGGCAGUCCGCAGCGGAAUCCAACCGAGGUCACUCAUGGCGGUAUACGCUGCAGCUAUUCACAUCUUCCUCUUCUAUCUACUAGCAUUCCAUUGCUAACACAGGCACUUAAAACGAACUGCCUCUCUCCAUCCAGGAGAUGUAAAUGGAGAGGACAAUAUGAUCUAGGCACUUAAACUGAACUGCCUUUCUUUACCCAUGAAUGUUAAUGGAGAAGACAGUGUGAAAAAAGCACUUAAAAGGAACUGCCACUCUUCACCCGGGAGCAUAAAUGGAGAGGACAAUGUGAGGAAGGCACUUAAAAUGAACUGCGUCUCUUCAUGCAGGAGUAUAGAGAGAAAGAGGUUAAUGUAAAUCAUUUUCAAGUCAUUGCCACUCGUCACCCGGGAGUGUAAAUGGUGAAGACAAUGUGAUCAAGGCACUUAAAGUGAGCUGCCGCUUUUCAUCCAGGAAUGUAAAGAGAGAGUCCAUUGUGAUCAAGGCAUAUUUAACUUGUUGUCACUCUUCAUCCGGGAGUGCAUUUCAAGUGAAGAACAGUGAGCAUCACUCCUGUUACAUUCGCCUGCAACUGUCAGCUUUAUCUCUGUCCUCGAUGAUGCCAUUGGUAACCCAGGCAUUUAAAAUCAACUGCCUCUCUUCACUUAGGAGUGUAAAUGGAGGUGGUGUGAGAAAGGCAUUUUAAACUAAUUGCCUCUCUUCAUCCAAGAGUGCAAAGAGAGAAAAUUUGAAAUUCUUUGCUGCUCUUUAUGAGGUGCAGGGGAAUAAAGAUUUGUUGCAUUACUUAUUUUCUAAAACGGGUCUAUGUGAAGCAAAGAAAAUUCUGAUAGGUGUUUGAUAAAGCUGUUCACAAAGUCAUGCAUGGCUGUAACAUGUUCUUAUGUGCUAAGUCAGCUACAUUGGAAUGUAUCAUCUAGCACAAGAAAUGGUCACCAGUCACGACUGUAGUAUGUUCUUAGGCGUUACAGUCUGAUACGUUGGAAUAUAUCAUCUAGCAUAAGAAAUGGUCACCAGUCAAGCCUAAGUCAUCUGUAAUAUACAAAUAGCUUUUGGAACACCCUCCAGGGUUUAUAUAUAUCUAUUCAACUAACUAUACAGGUCACAGAACACAUUUAAGCUAUGAAGAUUUAUUAAGGUUUCAGGAAUGUGGACCUUGAUAUUGUUUGGUAAGAAUGGUUGGGGUUAAAUGCAACCAUUUUAUGUCAUAAUUCUGCUAUUAUGAGAAUGUUUUCAUCAAUCUAAUGGUGCUCAGGGGAUCAUUUCAUUAAAAGAUUUGUCAGAUGUUUUAUACCACAAACUUUGCUUUAUCUGAUGGUUGAUAUAGUAACUGUCGGACACCUGUCCUUUUCAGCCAAUCAAAAUCAAGGAAAGCUGUCCUAUUUGGGGAGCGUUUCAUCAACAAUUUGGUCUGAAUAUUGUCAGAUCAAGUUGUCCAAUCUGACAACUUUCCGUGAUUUUAACUGACUGAGAGGCUCUGUUACUUUGGUACCUUUUGGAUAAACCAGUUGGAUAAAACAUCUGGCAAGUUCUUCUUGAACGCUCGCAAGACUCUUGUCAGAUGACGAAUAUUUGUGCACACUCACUUGAAAGAACUUGCUAGUAUCUUAAAAAACUCUUAUAAAAAAAAGUAUACUGUAAGGGGCUUGUAGCAUCAGACUAACAAUUAUGUUUGUUUUUGCCAAUAUAUGUUCCAUAAAAGCCUUGCUUAUGAUUGGUUGCGAGUGAUGUUACCAUGGUUACACUAUGAGGCCCAGAAUUGUCUACAUGCAGAAAAAAAAACUUAUACGUUAUUUCAUGCAAUGCUUCAUUCCCUUCAUCAAUGCAUGUAACUUAUAACUUGUUGCCUUCAUAUACUUAUAUACAUAUUUUUAUAUUAUCGAUGUAAACAUAUUUUGUCAACAUUUGUGAUAAAAAUAAUAUUAAACUGAUCUUUGCCUACUGGAAAUUGGUGGUUCUUAUCCAAAGAUAAUUGGAAUUGUAUGGGUUGGAUUGUUAUGUAAAAUUAUACGUAUUUUAUCCGUUGCCAAUGAAAUGAAGAAAACAAUAGGAUGGAAAAGGAGGAGAGACAAUAUUAAUUGAUUAAGUAAUCAAAAUACUAACUGUUCUUUUGGGGCAGGAUUUUGUGUUUCUUAUGAAUUUAUAAAAUGUACUGCAUGUUUAAUCAAAAAUACCUCAAAAGGGGGUAUUAUAUAAGUGUCAAAUGCAGCAAAGUUUAUUGAUAUUUUUUCUAACAAUAUACAAUUUAUUCUUCCUAAAUGUUGGUUAAAUGUUAUAGUGUUAAUUUGAAGAAGAUUUAAUGUAGUAGUAUGCUGAAAGAUGAUUAAUAUCAAGUGCUGAUUAGAUAGUGCAUAUAAUACGUUUACUGCAAUAUUAGUUGAAUACAUAGUAGAGGUAUAUAGGUACAUGUACAACAUCUAGAGAUGCAAGUGAUAUAUUUUACAAUCUCUGUAACUUUUUGUACAUGAUUUCCCAUAGACUUACAGUUACAAUUACAUUUAUAAUUGAUUGUGUCUCUUGUGUCACAGGGCUUUAGAUAUAUUGAGAACAUAUGAUUUCUUGUGUGUAUUCAAAAUGUGCAAUGGUUGUUUAGUAUUGAUUGAAUUAGAAAUGCUAGAAUACUGGAUGAUUUCUAGUUUUGUUUAGUUUUUCUCUUUAUUUUAUCCAAGAUAAUUGACUAAGUGCUAACACUUUUUGUCCUUGGACCGGUUUCACAAAGCCACUAUUUGAACCACCCAUGGAAACCUUGAUUGUGAUUGGCUGCUGAGCCUUGUUACCAUGAUUACAUGUAGUUGCCAUUGGUUGGCAACAUUACUACGCAUACAUUCGUAAUUCUGAAGGUUCAUAAUUCCGAAGGUUCAUUAGUCCGAAAACGAAAUGAGGUUC